GCUGGUUCUCUGACCUGUUUGUUGCAAUGAAAAGCCGACCUCAUCAACUCUCCUCUUCAGGGGAGUUCCCUUAUAAGCAGGCAACGAUUGAGGUAAUUUCAAAACCACUCAUCAGAAAGACGAAUUCUUUCGCAGAGGCUGAAAAGGGAUUCCUAAAAUUCCGGUCAAUGUCCGAUCCGUCCUCAAAGACGUUGGAGAAUGUCUCUGAAAAACCCGAGGAGCAAGCGGAUCCUAAAAGACGCGCAUCUGAGCCUGAGGAACCAAUCUAUGUAGUUCCAAGACCACAAAAAAAUGUGAAUAAAGAUGGACCACCAAGUGGGGAACGACGCAACAGUGUGGAAGCAUUAUAUGAAACAAUGAGUGGCUUCAAAUAUAUUGAAGAAUCAGCUCAGCCAGAGGACCAUGAAGUUGAGGACGCUAACAAAAGCACGCUGAUGAGGACCGUCAUUCAGACCUUUGACAAAAUGAAGACCCCGCUGCCACCGUUUGCUGAGGAGCCAGAUGAUGACAACAACAGUAAACGCUGGUCUACAGAUUUAAGCAGCAGCUCUAGUGACCGUGGUGCCAUGUCCCCUGUUGAACUAUUGGAUUCAUCUGAAAAAAAUGACUCCAAUGAGAGCUCUGACCACAGAACAGAAGAGCGGGAUAUUAUGGUGAAACAGGCAGACCUUAAAAACUACCUGACCCUAACAGAGGUGGAUAGGAAGCCCAGUGUGUCUGGGUGGACGGGACAGCCACAGACCGUGUGUCUGUUCCACAAAGGCGACCAGAUUCUGGCAGUUAAUGACCUGCAGGUCAGCACUGUGGAGGAGUUCACCACGUUUAUCAGCAAGUCACUCAAGAAUGAGGUGAAAGUGACCCUCCUGCGUCAACCUAGAAACCAGCAGCUGCACCUGCCAAACUUCACCUGCACUGAUUGGCAAAAUGCUAAUUAGAAAUGAGAAAUUUCC